AUGGUAGCGGCGUUCUUCGCACCCGAGUAUGUGGAGCGACGCAAGCCGUGGAUCAGAGGUAUUGUUCAGCACUAUCUGAACGAAUUCAUCAAUGCACGAAAAGGACAGAACAGCAUUGAUCUCAUUGAGCACUUUGCCCUUCGCGUUCCGUCGCACAUUAUCUAUGGUAUUCUUGGUGUUCCCCUCAAGGACGUCGACUACUUGACCCAGUGUAAUGCUACUCGUACUAAUGGUAGUGCUACCGCGAGCGCGGCUCAAGAUGCCAACGCUGAGCUUCUGGAUUAUUUCGCAAAACUCGUCGACAAGAAGAUCGAUUUACCAGGGCCAAGUAACGGCGUGAUAGGCUCGUUAGUCUCUAAUGAGCUUGCAAAUGGUCAAUUGGAUAAGAAGGAUGUUGUGCAACUCUCCUUCCUUCUCCUAGUCGCCGGGAAUCUGACCAUGACCAGCAUGAUCGCCUUGGGUGUGAUAACUUUGCUGGAGCACCCUGACCAACUCGACGCCUUGAUUGAGGAUCCGUCUCUGUCGAAACCGUUCGUCGAGGAGCUAUGCCGGUACCACACCGCGUCUUCGUUUGCUACCCGGCGUGUUGCUGAGGUUGAUAUCAAGAUCCGCGGUCAAGAGGUAAAGGCAGGCGAAAGUAUCAUCGCCUCAAAUCAAGCAGCGAACCGAGAUCCCGAUGUCUUCCGUGAUCCGAACGUGUUUGACAUGUUCCGCAAGCGAGGGUCUGAAGAGGCCAUUGGCUUUGGAUGGGGUGAUCAUAGGUGCAUCGCAGAGUCCCUCGCUCGAGCCGAGCUUGAAGCUGUUUUCUCUACUUUGUUCCAGACUCUUCCCACUUUGAAGCUCGCCAUUCCUAGUUCUGAGAUCAAGUGGUCCGCUCCCAACAAAGACAUCGGAGUAUCAGAGCUGCCAGUUACAUGGUCCUCUCCCCCUUGUGAACGUCGCCUUUCCCAACUCUGA